AUGCUGUCUCUGUGGUGUGCGGGCGCAUUCCUCCUGGGGAUAUUCCUCUUUGAAAGACUUUCCUCUCCCGUGGCCAGACUUCCUGGCCCUUGGUAUACCAAACUGACAAGUCUGGUCAUCAAAUUUCAAGAGUUCUCGGGUCGUCGCCGUAUCUCAAUCCAUGAACUUCACAAGGAGUAUGGCCCUGUUGUCCGGAUUGCACCCAAUGAAGUCUCCUUUGCGAGUUUAGAUGCGAUUCGAGAGAUCUAUGCGUCCGGGGGUAGUGGAUAUGAUAAGACAGAACUAUAUGAUCUUUUUCGGCAGUUUAACACCAAAACGAUGUUCUCAACGCUUGACAAGCAGUCGCACAGUGAGCGAAAGCGGCAAUUGGCGGAUCGAUACGCUAUGUCUAACGUUAUGCGUGAUCAUCUGUCGACAAUUCGGGAACAUGCCAAAGCAUUCAUAACUGAAUGUGCCACCGGGGAGAAAAGUGUCAAUGUUUAUGUAUAUUUGCACUGCUAUGCACUUGACUGUGUAACCAGCUUCAUGUUCAGUCCUGGUGGCUUGAAGUCUCUCAGUGACAAGAAUGACUACGAGUUGAUGGAGGAACUGACAUACCAUCAGAGUUUGCAAAAAAACCUUCUCCAAUAUUAUUUACCCCAGUUGGCGCCGCAUUUCCCAUCGUGGUUGCUGCCCCGUCCUGCUCCGAUGACCAACGACUACGUCCAUAGGAUGACCGCUCAAAAGAGCCCCGACAAUUGCAGUUUAGUCUCUCGACUCACGAAAGCCAAUACCUCUCUUACCCACCUUCAAGUUGCAGCAGAAUGCAUGGACCACUUGGCAGCGGGUAUUGACACAACCGGCGAUGGACUUUGCUUUCUGAUGUGGGAGCUGUCCCAGCCACACAAUCUUCAAUUCCAAGAGCGUCUUUAUAAGGAGCUGUGCUCAACAGCGAAUGAUACACCGAUCGAUCAAUUGCCUUAUCUCGAUGCCGUGAUAAAGGAAGCCCUCCGCUGCUCACCUCCAAUUCCCAUGUCGUUUCCUCGCCAUGUGCCACGCGGUGGAAGGACAAUUGACGGGUGUUUUAUUCCUGAGGGAACUAUUGUCAGCUGUCAACCAUACACUGUACAUCGACUAGAUGAGACGGUAUUUCCCGAGCCAGAUCGGUUCAACCCGGACAGAUGGAUGGACGAUGAAGGACUCCAUGAACGCAAUCGAUUAUUCUUUGCAUUCGGGACGGGAGGAAGGGGGUGCACUGGAAAAAGCCUGGCGAUGGUGGAAAUGAAGAUCCUUCUCCAAGCAGUUUACUCUCAGUUCCGGACUACUGUGGCACCAGAUAUGACCCUCAAAACCAUGCUCCUCCUCUCCCCCCACACAAGCACAGCCAACCCAGCCCCCCCAGCUCCAGAACUUACCCUUUUAUACACCGCCUACGUCGAAUGCGAAGCAACUCUAAUGAACUCCCCCGGCCCCCACGGCAUCCGCCGCACAAUCCCCAUCGUAGGGGGGAACUUCACCGGCCCGCAUUUAUCAGGGCAGAUCCUCAACGUCGGCGCAGACUGGGGCCUCGUCGAUCCCCAGACGGGUAUCUUCAGCGCCGACACCCGCUAUAACCUGCGAACCGACGACGGGGAGAGCAUCUUCAUCCAGACGUCUGGGCCUAAGGCACCCAGUGGACAGUUACAUCUGCGGUUGGUCUUUGAGACGGGGAGUCGGAAGUAUUAUUGGUUGAAUAAUGUUGUGGCGAUUGGUGUUCUAACCAGCGAAGCCUCGACGACGAAUACGAGCCUGUUGAGGAUUGAUGCUUGGCAUGUAAGUGGGAUGGUUUCCUCUUCUUCAUUUCUGUAUUUGGUGUGCUGA